AUGGACUGUAACUGCGUCAGUGAUCUGCUGCUCCCCCCGGUGCCCGCGCUCUGGACGCCAGGGUUCGCCUUCCCGGACUGGGCCUACAAGCCCGAGUCGAGCCCCGGGUCGAGACAGAUCCAGCUGUGGCACUUCAUCCUGGAGCUGUUGCAGAAGGAGGAGUAUCAGGGGGUGAUCGCCUGGCAGGGGGACUACGGAGAGUUCGUCAUCAAGGAUCCAGACGAGGUGGCUCGGCUGUGGGGGAUAAGGAAGUGCAAACCCCACAUGAACUAUGACAAGCUGAGCCGGGCACUGAGGUAUUACUACAACAAGCGCAUUUUGCACAAAACCAAAGGGAAGCGUUUCACCUACAAGUUUAACUUCAGUAAGGUGGUGCUGGUCAACUACCCUAUCCUGGACAUGGCCAACUCUCCCUUCUUUCUGGCCCAGAACCACUUCAACGGGGGCUCCACCGCACCAGACUGCAGCCCAGAGGUACGAAGGGCCAUACAGUCCCUGUUUCCUCGUUUGCCAGACUCCGGCAGGGGAACAUCCCUGUUUGAUCGAGGGACCACGGCACCGGGACCCGAAGGAGACAAGCUGAGACUGGACACGUUCCCCUUCCUCAGUUCAGGUGCCCCGUGCUACUCCAAACCCCCGUCCCUGCUGGGCCCGUAUCCCCGCAACCCACCCUUUGACUACCCCUGGGGCUUCAACCCCUAUCUCCCAGGGGCCUUCUCUCUCAAUAACUGCCCCAAACUGCCCCCUGGCUCCCUCUACCCCUCCCAGUUUUACCCCAACCCUUUGCAGAGCAGCCUUUCCCAGCUGCCUCACCCCUUCUCCUCCCUGCUCCCUCCAGGAGAUGCAGGUGCGGGUGAGAGGGGAGCAGCAGGGCAAACCGGAGGGACAAACGGCACGGCGGGUGGUCAGCCAGUCAGACUCUGCCUGCCACCCUACCCGGGGAGCCCCUCAAUAGGUCGGACGGACAUCGGGGUGUCAUUGGGGGAAAGGGAAAGGGUGGAGGUCAAUCCUCCAGGCACGGGCCUGAGUCUGGGCCUGGGAGCGGUCGGCCUGGGACCCGGGACUGGCACGGGCCAGCAGAGCCCCACGGAGAGGAGAGGAGGGGUGAAGCAGGACCCGGAGUCAGACUCAGACCUGGAAAUCACAGAUCUGAGCGACUGCAGCUCGGACAACGAAAACGAGCACGAGUUCGGCAUCGGGAAGGAAUCCGGCCUGGCGAACCGAUCGCAGAUAGCGCUGGAUGGAAAGAAGGGGAACCUGCUGCCACCCAUCUCCUCUCUCCCCCCGCCAGCGUCCCCACAUCCUCUGAAGAGCCUGAUGCCCAUCACUCCUCCGCCCCCGUCCCUGCCUCCGUCACUUUCCCCCUCUAUGGCUCUGCAUGAAAGACACAGGGAGACAGAGACUCUCAAAAUGAUCCACAGCUAA